ACCUCAAGCUCUGCAUGCUAGCUCUGAACAGAAAGCCCAAACUCUCUUGUUCUUUGUACCAAACAAUUUCAGUUUCUCGAACUCAAACAAGAUGAAGGUCGUUCAGCUUCUCUCCGCCUUUGUGCUGUUGGCAACCCUGAAUUUGGUCGCGGGAGCGGCUGAUACCACAGUGACUCAUAAAGUUUUCUUUGACAUGGCCGUCGGCAACGAGAAGAUUGGCCGCAUCGUCAUUGGUCUGUUCGGUAAUACCGUUCCCAAGACCGUUGACAACUUUGUCAAACUGUCCACACAUGCGAACAACUAUGGAUACAAGGGUAGCAAGUUCCACCGCGUCAUCAAGGAUUUCAUGAUCCAAGGUGGAGACUUCACCACUGGAGAUGGAACUGGAGGACACAGCAUCUAUGGACCGAAGUUUGCUGAUGAAAACUUCAAGCUGACGCACUACGGGCCUAUGUGGCUUAGCAUGGCCAAUGCUGGAAAAGACACAAAUGGAAGCCAGUUCUUCAUUACCACGGUCAAGACACCCUGGUUGGAUGGACGCCACGUAGUCUUCGGCAAGAUUCUGGAGGGCGAGAAUGUUGUCCGCAAGAUCGAAAGCACCCCAACAGGUGCCAACGACCGACCCACGUCCGAUGUGGUUAUUGAGAAUUGCGGCACUUUGGAAGUGACCGGCGAACCCAUGGUUGUUGCGAAGAAUUAAGCGCAGUCCAGCAGUCAUGUAGCAGUGCAUGGCCUUGUGCACUGCCCGUAGUCCUCUGCAUUCUCUUCUGAUUUCUCUUUCUUUCGCAACUUUUUCUUGCUGCUGUGUUCUCCUUGCUCCACUUUUGUGGUGUUCCUGGUGCAAUCAUCUGGUAUCAUGCCUAUUCCGCUCUCUCAUAAUCAUAUUGCUGUUAUUUUCUCGUUUUCUCCAAAAGAAAAAAGGAAACUUCUUUUUGCUUUCCCA